AUGCCGCCAAUGAUAGCCGGGCGACCUCGAGGAAGAGGAAGAGGACGUGGUAGAGGGCCGUACCCCGAGCCUGAGAGACAACACAAAAACCCUCCGCCACCAUCUCCACCUCGAUCACCUUCACCUCCACCUGCCCCGACAGUGGAUAGAACUGUCGUUAACACAUUUCUGAAAAAGAAGCCGCCAACAUUUGACGGAAAAGGUGACCCCACUGAAGCGGAAUCGUGGAUACGUGCGCUCGAGCGCCUAUUAUUGGUGGGAGGCCCGCAAAAAGAUAAUGACCCGCAGCAGCUAGAGGACCUAACUUGGGAUCAGUUCAAGACAGGAAUCUACGACAAAUACAUCCCCAAGAGCUAUAAAAAGCAGAAAGAAACAGAGUUCUACAACUUGAAACAGGGACGAAUGUCAGUGACAGAAUAUGAUCGCACUUUCUUUGACCUGUCCAGGAUGUUUGAUAUUAUACUAGGGAUGGAAUGGUUGGCCAAGAACCACGCCACCAUCAAGUGCAGUGAAAGACAAAUUUCUUUUCAAACUCCAGGAGAAGGGCAAGUUGAAUUCCAUGGAAUCACUAUGAACAAGCGCAAAUCCAUAAUUUCAGUCCUACAAGCAGCCGCGCUUGUGAGAAAAGGGUGUUCCGCCUACCUUGUCUACUUAAGCAAAGAACAUAAUGAAGAAAAGAAGAUUGAGGAUGUGGAGAUUGUACGUGAAUUUCCAGACAUGUUUCCUGACACGCUGCCCCGGGUUGCCCCCAGACAGACAACUGGAAUUCACCAUCGAUUUAGAACCAGGAGCCGCGCCAAUCUCAAAAGCGCCGUACCGAAUGGCCCCAAAGGAACUGGGAGAACUCAAAUUACAACUACAAGAACUUUUAGACCUGGGUUUCAUCAGACCCAGUGUGUCGCCAUGGGGAGCUCCUGUACUUUUCGUCAAAAGAAGGAUGGAACCUUGAGGAUGUGCAUAGAUUAUCGAGAACUGAACAAGAUCCGGUCUGAAGAUGUACCCAAGACAGCUUUUAGCACUAGGUACGGUCACUAUGAGUUUUUAGUAAUGCCUUUUGGAUUGACCAAUGCCCCUGCGGUGUUCAUGGAUUUGAUGAAUCGCAUAUUUCACCCAUAUCUCGACAAAUUCGUCCUGGUCUUCAUAGACGACGUCCUCAUUUACUCGAAGAAUAGAUCAGAACACGCGGAGCAUCUAAUAACUACCCUCGAAACAUUGAGGACCGAGAGACUCUAUGCUAAAUUCAGCAAGUGCGAAUUCCUGGCUCAAUGA